CUGGCUUCGCGGAAGAAAACAGAGCAAAUCGCUUCAAAGAGGAGUAGUUUUUGCAUAGAUCGAAUGUUUUUGUUUUCUUUGUCUCCGUCUCUCUCGUUGGCCCUGUCUUUUUUGUCUCUGUCUCUGUCUCUCUCUCUACUUUUAACUAAAUCAAUCCUCCAUAACCGAAAGAAACAAAAGAAACUGCAAUCAUUAUCUUUGGUUUCUUUCAUCUUUUAAGUUAAACCAAACAACACACAUGUUGAAGUUCUUCGACUCGAUUCGGAUGGAUUGGUUUUGGAUGGUUUGGUUUUCAUGAGGUUGGUGUUUGAAACGAAGAAGCAAGAAGAAUAUUUGGAGUAGUUUUUUCAGUUCUUGAGUAAUAAAUAAUAAUGGAGUGUUCUGUUAUACAUCACGUAGUGAUUGUGUUACUGUUACUUUGGGUUCUAUCUUACUUGAAUCGAUCACACGGCUUUUUCUAUUUCCUCGCUCUGAUUUAUCUCUACCUGGUUCAUGAACGGUAUGUAAUCAUAUUGAGGAAGAAAUUGCAGCUUGAAGAGAGGAAGCAAGCUAACCAGAGAAGGGUCCUAUCUGAUUCUGAAUCAGUGCGGUGGUUGAAUCAUGCUGUGGAGAAGAUAUGGCCAAUUUGUAUGGAACAGAUUGCAUCUCAGAAGAUUCUGCGUCCAAUCAUACCUUGGUUCUUGGACAAGUAUAGACCUUGGACCGCGAAAGAAGCUGUGAUACAGGACCUCUAUUUGGGAAGAAACCCGCCUCUGUUGACUGAUAUAAGGGUUCUUAGGGAAUCUACUGGUGAUGAUCACUUGGUACUGGAACUUGGAAUGAAUUUUCUCACAGCAGAUGAUAUGAGCGCAGUACUCGCUGUGAAACUAAGAAAGAGACUUGGGUUUGGAAUGUGGACUAAGUUGCAUUUAACAGGAAUGCAUGUCGAAGGAAAGGUGUUGAUUGGAGUGAAGUUCCUUCGUCGAUGGCCUUUUCUGGGGCGUUUACGUGUUUGCUUUGCAGAGCCACCUUAUUUCCAAAUGACUGUUAAACCAAUUACCACUCAUGGACUUGAUGUUGCUGUGCUUCCAGGGAUUGCAGGAUGGCUAGACAAACUUUUGUCUGUUGCAUUUGAGCAGACUCUUGUUGAGCCAAAUAUGCUGGUAGUUGAUAUGGAGAAAUUUGUUAGUCCACAGUCAGGAGAAAAUUGGUUCUUUGUUGAUGAGAAAGAACCAGUAGCACACGCUCUUGUUGAAGUCGUUGAAGCGUCUGAUGUUAAACCAUCAGACCUAAAUGGUUUAGCUGAUCCUUAUGUGAAAGGGCAGCUUGGCGCUUACAGAUUCAAAACCAAGAUACUAAGGAAAACGUUGGCUCCCAAAUGGCAAGAAGAGUUCAAGAUACCAAUCUGCACAUGGGACUCCCCAAAUGUUCUUAACAUUGAAGUUCAAGACAAGGACCGGUUUAGCGAUGAUAGGCUUGGCGAUUGUUCAGUAAACAUUGCAGAGUUUCGAGGUGGCCAAAGAAAUGAUAUGUGGUUGCCUCUUCAGAACAUCAAAAUGGGGAGGCUGCAUCUUGCUGUAACCGUACUUGAGAACGAGACAAAGUUGAACGAUGAUCCGUUUGAAGGAGUGACAAUAAGUAAGGAAGACAUGUGGGCUUCUUUUGCUUCCGACAUUACAAAUAAAGGUUCCUUUUCUUCAGUGGUAUCGGACAAGUCUCCAAGGGUUCCUGAUAAUAUGGAACCAAUUAACAUCGAAGGACAAGAAGAGACUGGAAUAUGGGUACAUCAACCAGGAACUGAAGUCUCACAGAUUUGGGAACCAAGAAAAGGCAAGAAUCGAUGCCUCGAUAACCAAAUACAAGGUGCUGGCAGUGCCCGUUCCACUGCAUCUACAUCCCCCAAAAAUGAAAGCAGCAGCACUGAUGAAAAUCAGGAAGGAAAGAGCCCGAUGAAGUCUGUUGGUCGGGGACUGAAGAGAAUCGGUUUAAUGUUUCAUAGGAAUGGGAAAAAAGAAGAAUGUCAUAAUGCAGGGAACAUUGAAGAGGACAUCAGCUCUCCUCGGAUUAAUUUGAAGGCGUUAGAUCGAAAGGAUGUUGGUGUAAAGUUCAUCGUUGAAGACAGUCUAUCGGGUCCUCUCACAGGAAGAAGUUCAAGAGGUGGGAGCUUUGGUUCUGAAGACAGCCUGCACAAGGGACACAUGAAGGAUGUUGCAAAGAGCAUUCUAAAACAUGCUGAAAAGUCUGCAAGACAACUAAAGUAUGCAUUUUCACGUAAAGGGUCAAGGAAAUCAAGCAAUGUGUCAGAGAAAGAUAACAUUCCUGAAUCUGAGUCUGUCUCUGAUUCUGAAUGUCAAUGUGAAUAUUCUGAUGAUGAAUCUGCAUUUAGCAGCGUGCAGGAUCUGGGGACACCAAGAACAGCAAAACUUGAAGGAAAAAAUGUCAAAGCAGGUGAAAAUGGUAAUGUCUCCAAAGAAGAUUCUAAAGGUCUUGCGGACAUUUCCAAGAAGCAAAGGUAGAUAAAGUAAAUUUAGCAAACUUGGGAACUACAUAUAGUGAUGGCAGGAACUCUACUACUGAAGCUGAGAAAGUCUUUCACGCCCAAGACUAUCAUAGUUAAUCAAUCAAAAAAGCUUGAGGAUGGAUUUUUGAGUGUACUCAAGUAGAACAGUUGUAAAUGUAGAUUGAGUUUUGAGUCUUUAUCUUGCUUUUUAAUGA